AGAGAGAGAGAAAAAAAGGGCUAACGCUAGAUCAGCCGCACUGCUAGCACUGCAGCCGUGCGUGCUUUUAUCUGCCUCCAAAGCUAAACUUCACUUAUUAACACGACUGGGGGAAAUAUUAUGCAUUCGAUGCACCUUUUUAAUUGUUCGUAACUCUGUAUUGCCAGUUUGGGGAGUUUGCAUCAGUGCAGGACGGUGUUAUUUGUUUCGGAUCAGAGCAGUUGAGCUGAGUUAGCUUAGCUAUAGCGAGCAGCCAGCGAGCCCAAGUUCCUUCAAGCACCUUUCGUUUCGCUGUCAAGAUGCCUGCGAUGUUAGAGAAGGGCACCGUUGAGAUAUCGGGUAAAAGAAGGGGUAGAAACUCCGUGAAUAAUCCGACCAAAAGUUUUACUUCAAAUGGGAACAGCAACAAUUCAUGGGAGGAAGGAAGUUCGGGUUCCUCAAGUGAUGACGAGCAUGGUGCAGGCGGGAUGCGAGUUGGACCGCAGUAUCAGGCAGUUGUUCCCGAUUAUGAUGCCGAGGUAGCUAAAGCAAGCACAAGAGAGAGAUAAUCUGGGAA